UGAGUUUAUUUCCUUUAUAAGGUUUCAUAAGAAUUGCUGUUGGUUGGAAAAUACUAACUGUGAUUAUUACCAGGAACCUCGUGUAAGCUGGUGGCAGUAAAACGACGUCACUGCAUGUUGCACAUACCCAGAUAUUGUGUUGGGAACAUAAAGCUCAGAUCUAACGGAAAUAGUGCAGUGAUGGGGUGUGAGGGAAGAUAGUGAGUGAGUCAGGAACACAGCUAAGACUGGUGGCAUCAGCUGACUGACUGGUGUGGGCGAGUCCGUUGACCAAGACACACACCAGUACACAGGCAAGGACGCCACGCUCGAGACCUUGGUGCUGUGGCUCCGCCUUCAUUAUCACCACGAGUGUGACUGCGGCCUCACCCUCCUGUCUGCUGGUCCUGCGCUCUGGCUUGAGGGGCUGUGUGUCAGUCCUCGCCACAGCUAACUCGUCCAUUCCUCUGUGUGUGUAGUUUAGUGAGCAGAGUUGUUAAGGGACGUAUUGAGGUGUACCACAGUGUCAUGGUACACACACGUGCCACCUCCUGACUGUGGUCUUCUUGUGUUAACACUAGCAUGGCGAAACCUCAGACGUUAGCCUGACUAGCACGGGAGGUUGACCCUAGCCUUGUGAAGGUGGGGGAAGAGUGGAAUAAGAAAAUAGGCAUAGAAAGAGAAAGUGGUGGAGGAGGAGGAAGAGAAAAGAGGGGAGUCAAAAGAGUAAGAGAGGCAGGAGGCAGCAGCGGGUGGUGCACCUAUGCCCGCGGCUGGUGCCUCACGCUGCCCAUCAUGGACUUCUGGCAACACUUCUUUGGACUCUCCCACGAGAACAACAACGUCCCUGUUCACUCAGCGCCUGCAGGGGUGGGGCGGAUGGCGGCUACAGAGAGUCAGAUUCGCUUCAGCGGCCACACCCUCGACAAGGCCACAAAAGCGAAGGUUACGCUAGAGAAUUAUUAUUCUAACCUUAUAGCACAGCAUUUAGAAAGAAAACAAAGGCAAGAUAAGUUAGAGGAGAGUAUGAAAGAGGAAGGACUUUCUGAGGACCAGAAACAAGAGAAGCGACAACAGCAUGCACAAAAAGAGACAGAGUUCCUCCGCCUCAAAAGAUCUAGGCUUGGUGUUGAAGACUUUGAAGCCCUCAAGGUUAUUGGCAGAGGAGCAUUUGGAGAGGUGCGAUUAGUGCAGAAAAAAGAUACUGGUCAUGUCUAUGCUAUGAAGAUAUUACGAAAAGCUGAUAUGUUGGAGAAAGAACAGGUUGCUCAUGUAAGAGCAGAGAGAGACGUUUUGGUGGAAGCUGAUCACCAGUGGGUCGUCAAGAUGUUUUACUCGUUUCAAGAUCCUAUCAACCUGUACUUAGUGAUGGAGUUUCUUGCUGGUGGUGAUAUGAUGACCCUCCUCAUGAAAAAGGAUACUCUAUCUGAAGAAUGCACACAGUUUUAUAUCGCUGAAACGGCUCUUGCUAUAGACUCCAUUCAUAAACUAGGUUUCAUUCACAGGGAUAUCAAACCAGACAAUCUGCUGUUAGAUGCCAGAGGACAUAUAAAAUUGUCUGACUUUGGCUUAUGUACAGGAAUGAAGAAGUCUCAUCGCACAGAAUUUUAUAAAGAUCUUAGUCAAGCCAAACCUUCUGAUUUCACGACCUACUCCAAUGUUCCAGCAACAAAUCCUAUGGAUUCAAAGCGUCGGGCAGAGAGCUGGAAGAAAAAUCGGCGAGCACUUGCUUACUCUACUGUAGGAACUCCAGACUACAUAGCACCAGAAGUUUUCAUGCAGACAGGCUAUGGACAAAGCUGUGAUUGGUGGAGCCUUGGUGUUAUAAUGUAUGAAAUGCUUAUAGGUUACCCGCCAUUUUGUAGUGAGAACCCUCAGGAGACUUACCGAAAGGUGAUGAGUUGGCGCGAGACAUUAGUGUUUCCCCCUGAGGUUCCCAUCUCUGAGCAGGCAAAGGACACCAUCCUACGUUUAUGUUGUGAGGCAGACCGCAGAGCUGGUUCUCAUCAAGGGAUAGAAGAUCUUAAGAGUAUGAAAUUCUUCCAGCAAGUUGAUUGGGAACAUACAAGGGAACGCCCCUCAGCAAUUCCUGUUGAAGUUAAAUCUAUUGACGACACCAGCAAUUUUGAUGAGUUCCCAGAAGUUGAUAUCAAAUUGCACCCGCAUUCAGCAGACUCUCGACUGUCCAUCAUGGUUGGGAGCAAGGCUUUAGCUGAUGCUGCUUCUCCACCAGUAAAGGAAGGCGAGGCAGGAUACAAGGACUGGGUCUUCAUCAAUUACACCUACAAACGGUUUGAAGGUCUCACUCAGAGAGGUCUAAUACGUCCAUAGGCCAAAACAUGUUGCAAUUCACAAUUUGUGACAGAAGGACUCUUCAUAGAAACAGACCCAUGCAAUGAAUAUUAUGAUGGGUCAUGUACAAGGUUUGUGACAACAAACAUUUGACCUGGAGCUUGUGAUAAGGUGAAAUGUGAUGUUGAGUGUAACAUUUAACAUCUCGGGUCUUGUGGCCUGAACAGUGGUCUGAAAAAAAAAACAUUCAUAUAAAGAGUGACUGAUAGUAUAAAUCUUAAUGAGACAGUGCUAGUUGCAUUAAGAGGGAUGCAAUCUAGGGAAAAGAUGGUGAGGUACAAUAGCAGGGGCUCAGGAUAAAUAAACUAUGCUGAAUAGUUUCUCAGGUCUUAAGACUCAGCUUUAUUCCUUUCAACUUAGAGAACAGUGCCACAAAAAAUUGGCACUUAUAUCAAACAAUCUCCCACCUUUUCCCCUCUUUUUUUUUUUUUUUUUUUUUUUUUUUUUUUUUAGUGUUCACACACCUUACAAACAUGGCACUAUACAUGAAGUACAUAUAUUGCCAUGUGUUGUGCCCAACCACUAGAGUUGGUAGAGAACACAAGUAGUUCACCAGCAGGUCACGAUGUGUUGGUGUUGUACAUCACUGUUUCCCACUAUGUGAGAAAUAGCUCUUACAUCUUUUCUUGUAAGAUAUUUUUUAUUUGUCAUUUUAUAAUUUUUAUGAUUAUGGGACCCAGUGAUUUUUUUUUCUUUUUUCUCAAGUGUGAUUAGAAACUUAUGUUUCAUUAAUCAUUGUGUGAAUAUUGCAUUAUAAUUUUAAUGUGAUUUUAGCUAAGCCUUACAGCUGAAGACAGACUGUGAUAGAAUCCCAGCAAAACAGUGAUUGAAUGUCCCCUUCAGUGAUAUAUUUUAAGUUUUAUCACCUUAAACUUUUCAAGGUUUUAUGUUUUGGUUUUCACUGGUAAACCAGUGUGAGAUGAACUUAUUCAACACCUUUGGACUGCAGAAAACCAAGAACAUGGAUAUCCAGAACUGUGCAGAUAUGAAAGCAAGUGACAUCUAAAUAUAAACUGACCAAGAUUUAUGUUUGGGAUAAAUGUUGACAUUGGGCAUGAUUUGAUCAGUAUUUAAUAGUAUUUGCCAGUCCUUUUCAUUUAUACCUUCUCCAUUUCAUCUCAUGUUUUAGUAUUUAUUUGUUUCAUAUUGCAUCAUUUUGACAGAAAUGAAAAAGAAGUGGCAUAUAUGAAAUGAAAGAUGUUAGUAUUUGUUGAUUUGUUAAUGGUAAAUAAAUUUUUUGCGCAAUAAUACUUCCCCUUCCAAGCCAUGGUUGUGAGCAUGCAUAUUUUUUUUUUAUGUUUAAAGUCUGAAUAUUGAAUACUGUGAGAAAUUUCUUUGCUUUAAGUGAAGAAUUAAUAGUGCUGUUACUUUGCAAGCAUUGACCAUAGGGUAUUUUAUAGUUCAAAAAUUUGCAAGAGGACUUCUUGAUUUGUCUUAUUUGGUUUACUUUUUCAGUUUUUUUAAUGCAUAAUAAUAUCCCACUUUAACUGUUUGUAUCUUCAAAGUAGCAAAUAAACAUUAACCGAUUAGUAAAGAAAGCCUGUAUUAGUAUUAGAACUCAACAAUCACAGUCACUGUGUUAUUACCACACACACUGGUGUAAGUACAAUUGGGUUGUCCAUGUUAGAUUUUGUUUUAAUUUUGGAUGGGGAUAGUUAUAUUAAAUGUUUAGUAUAAGGAAAGAUUAAGUUGGAAUCCUUCUUUCUUUCAGAUGAUGUUACUUAAUGCAAUCUUUAAUAUAUUUUAGACAAGAUGUUACCAUUUAGAAUUCAUGUAGUGAAUAGAUUUCUCUUUCAAGAAAACCAGGUAAGUCACUGUAGUAAAUGUGGCUGAUGAGUGCUAACAGGAUACACACAGUAGCAACUGGUUGGACUUGGGCUGUCCCUCCCCUCCAGUACAGAUAGGAUCACAUUUUAGUUCAACUUUUGUAAUUUAUUUUAUUGUACAUAUUCUAUUCUUUAAAAAUAAAUCCCUAGAUUGUGUUGAAUGUGUUGCACAUUAGCAGUUGAAUGAAUACUAGACUAAUAAUUAGAUAUUUAUUUUGAAGUCUGUCUGAGUUUGUUGAUGGCUAUUAUUAGUUUAAAAUGUAGCUGUAUGUGAAAUGUGUUCAAUUUAUACCUAAACUAUUCAAAAUUUGGUGUUGAUUAAUCAUACUCAGCUGUGAGUAUAUUCCCAGGAUUCAGACAAUUUCAUUAUGUUUUAUGGAAAGAUCUUGCUUUGAUUGUUCAUAUUAAUGUUAUUAAAUAAUAGUUGAGUUUUGGAAACAGAAAAAAUGACAAAAAGAUAUUUUCAACACUCAAACAGGUUGACAGUAUCACACAAUGAAGGUUUAGAUUGAACAUCAGGUAGAGUGCUGAUGUUGCAGUAGGAAUGUGAGUGUGCUGUUUGUGUCGCAGAGGUUUGUGGUGCAAGUAAUUUAUUUUUUUAUUUUUUUUUUUAACCUUGACAUCUGAUUGGGAAGGCUGUUUAAACAUUCUACCAAUUAAGAUGUGCCUACAUUGUAAAUAGAGAUUCUGUUGUAGAUACUAAUUUUGGGCUUCAUUGUAUGAAAAGACUCGAACAUCUCAUCCUCCAUGAAGAUAUAGAGUCCUUUUAGAAUAUAUAUGUGGAGGUUAAAAUAAGUAAGGUAACUACAGACUUGCUAACCACUAAGCCUUAACUCCAGUGUUAAUAGCCUCAGCAUAGUGCAGUUCAAGGGUGUAUUUCUCAGCAUCUAGAUAGAUUAUACUGUUUUGCUACAAGUUUAUAGUGUCUCUGAAUAAAAAUACAUUCCUCAUGAUGUAAGUAAUGACUGUCAAGAUUAUGCCACAUUGUAUCUGGCAUUGUACAGUAAUACGUCUUGUUAUUGAUAAGUAAAUCUCCUAAAAACUUUAUAGCUCUCCUGAGAGUGCAUAAGUACCGUCCGUGGGACAUGUAUUGUGGAGUAAAAGGGUAAGAAACAUUGAUUUAUAUUAGUUAACCCCAUAUCACUUGAUUUAAAAUCUUAUUUCUAUGAGAAUUAGGCAGUAAUCAGAUAACACAGGGAUAUUUACAAUCUGUAAUCAUAAACAACCAGUGUAUUUUUCAGUAAUCUAAAUUGUAUAGUUGUUUCAUCAGGUAUCAUUUUAGGCAUAAACUAAUACUGUAAUGAUCAAACUGCUUUGCCAGAGAAACUAUUUUUCCUAGUGAGGAACAACAGUAAUCUUAUAUGACCAGUUUCCUUUAUUAUUACUCUGAAUAUAACCAAGUCAUAAGAAAAAGGCCUGGGCACAAUUGCCAUACUGGCUUACCUCCCUUUGCACAGUAAAAUAGUUUCACGGCAGAUGUAAUGUGUAAGAGAAUUCUACUUUCUGGGAUUAGUAUCUAAGGCAUAAAGCAGUUGAACACUAAUUUACCCUUAACAAGUGUUAUAACAACUUGCCCGUUAUCACUAAAGGAGCCCAUUUUGUUUUGUGUAACUAACAAUUUGUGGCUCCUACCGUGGGGGUUCCAAGGGAGAUCUCGUGUAAAUAUAGAGACAGCAGUAGCUCCUGUAACUAGUCACCAAUAAAAGAAUAAUAUAACCUAA